GUAGCCCUGCCCAGCUGACCUGGAACUCAUUAUGUCUUCCAGGUUGAACCGGGAUCUGGGAUUCAAGAUAAUCCUCCUGCCUCAACCUUCAGGCCUAUACAACUGUGCUUGGCUACAGCAUGGUUGGACCUUGGAGAGGAUGGCAGUGAAACAGGCCCUGGGCCCCUGGUUCCUGAUCUAUACCUAUAUCUGCUCUUGCAUCUGCUGGGGAGUCCCUGUCCCAGAACAGGGAACAGGGCCGAAGGCUGGGACAUUCACCUGCUUCAGCAACAGUCUUUUCAGGAUUGACUGCCACUGGUCGACUCCAGAGCUGGGCUUGGCAUCCAGGGCCUGGCUUCUCUUUACCAAUAACCAGGUGACCGACAUCAAGCACAGGUGCACCUUUGGGGACAGCGUGUGUACCCUCAUGUUGCCCCCUGAGGAGGUUUUGGUGCCGACUGACAACUUCACCAUCACUUUACACCGCUGUGUCAUGGGGCAGGAACAGGCCAGCUUGGUGGACUCACAGUUCCUGCCGUGGAGACAUGUUAAGCUGGAUCCUCCCUCGGAUUUGCAGAGCAAUGUCAGCUCUGGGCUUUGUGUCCUGACCUGGAGUAUCCAUCUUGCACUGGAGCCCUGGAAAUCACUCCUCAGCUAUGAACUGGCUUUCAAGAAGCAGGAAGAGGCCUGGGAGCAGGCCCGGCACAAGGACCGUAUAGUUGGGGUGACCUGGCUCAGCCUUGAAGCUGUCGAACUGAAUCCUGGUUCCAUCUAUGAGGCCAGACUGCGUGUCCAGAUGACUUUGUCAGAGGAGGAGGAGGAUGACAUGACAGAGGGGGAGUAUUAUAAGAGCCAUUGGAGUGAUUGGAGCCAGCCUGUGUCUUUCCCUUCUCCUCGGAGAUGGAGACAGGGCCUCCUGCUCCCAGCCUGGCAGUGGCCGGAAAGCAUCCUUGUUGCUGUGUCCAUCUUUCUUCUGCUGACUGGCCUUAUCCACCUUCUGUUCAAGCUGUCACCCAGGGUGAAGAGACUUGUGUACCAGAAUGUCCCCUCUCCAGCAGCAUUCUUCCAUCCUCUCUACAGUGUGUACAAUGGGGACUUCCAGACCUGGACAGGGGCUCACAGAGCCAGACCACAACCACGACAGAAUGGUGUCGGCACUCCGUCAGGAGGCUCGGAGUCCAGCAUCUGGGAGGCCAUCACAACUCUCACCUACAGCCCAGCAUGCCCUGUGCAAUUUUCCAGCCUGAAGUGGGAAGGCACAGGCCCUGGCUUCCCAGGGCCUCCAUGCUUAGAGUAUGUGCUGCCAGCAGGGUGCCCGGAGUUGGAAGGACAGCCGUCUGCCUACCUACCCCAGGAGGGCUGGGCCACUCUGGGCUCUGUCAGGCCCCCUCCUCUAGACUCAGACAGAGGCAGCAGUGAGUAUUGCAUCUUGGACUGCUGUGAGGAGUGCCACCCCUUGGCUCCAGGACACACCCAGAGCCCUGAGCUCACACAGGCUCAGCCUGUGACCCUUCCUGUAUCCAGCAGGGUCUGACACCCUACCAAGGGAUGUGGGCAUUUUCCUCCCUCCGGCCCUCGGAUGGCACUGCACUCAGUCUCAGCAUGUCUCAGCCAGAUGCACCAUGCCUGAUUUG